ACAGCCAUCAGAGCGGACAGAGCACAGCAAUUGUCAAUGGACAACAGCCCAGAAGGGACAAGAGGACACUUGUAGCAAAUCAAAUAAAGCAAAGGAACUGGACAGCUUGAAUCUCUGCUUAGCUCGUAAACCAGACACUUCUAGUCCUUUGGAGCUUAUCUGUCAGCACAGGGCAUAUCAAGCUGCCUUGACCUUUUGAAACCAAGUAUCUCUUCCAUACAUCUAGAGCCACAAAAACUUCUCCCUGUGACUCAAAAGAACUUGUAAAGGGAGAAGACCUUAGAGACGCAAGAAAGUUGGGAAUGAACCUAGUGGUACACCAGAAAUGCACCAUGGACAAAGACAAAUUCUCACGCAAGACCCUGACUGCACCAGCCCCAUUUGCCGAUGAGUCCAGCUGCCAGUGCCAAGCGCCUCAUGAAAAACUGACCAUUGCUCAGGCCCGCUUAGGAACUCCAGUAUUUCAUACAGGAGGAAACGAAGGCUUAGAGAGGUUGCAAAGCUGCAUAAGGCCCUUCAGCUGGCAAGUGGCAAGGCUUCUUAUACUGGAGCCUGCAUCAGUAACCAGGAGGACUUGAUGUCUGGGAUUUCGCACCGGAGUAUGAGUUUGUCUACUUGAGCUGGGACCCAGUAAGCUGUAACUCUUGACAACCUCCCAGUUGACAGGCCUGUUAGAGUAUAUGCAGACGGAAUAUUCGACCUCUUCCACUCAGGUCAUGCAAGGGCACUUAUGCAAGCAAAAACCCUGUUUCCCAACAGCUACUUGUUGGUAGGAGUUUGCAGUGAUGACCUAACUCACAAAUUCAAAGGUUUUACUGUGAUGAAUGAGGCAGAGAGAUAUGAAGCUCUCAGACACUGUCGCUACGUGGACGAAGUCAUCAGAGAUGCACCAUGGACUCUUACUCCAGAGUUUCUGGAAAAACACAAGAUUGACUUUGUGGCUCACGAUGACAUUCCGUACUCAUCUGCCGGUUCUGAUGACGUUUAUAAGCAUAUCAAGGAAGCAGGCAUGUUUGUUCCAACACAAAGAACAGAAGGCAUCUCAACAUCAGACAUCAUCACCAGAAUUGUCCGUGACUAUGACGUAUAUGCCCGGCGUAAUCUCCAGAGAGGGUACACAGCCAAGGAGCUGAAUGUCAGCUUUAUAAACGAGAAGAAGUACCGUUUCCAGAACCAGGUGGACAAGAUGAAAGAAAAGGUCAAGAAUGUGGAGGAAAGAUCAAAGGAAUUUGUUAACAGAGUAGAAGAAAAGAGUCACGACCUAAUUCAAAAGUGGGAAGAAAAAUCAAGAGAAUUCAUUGGCAACUUCCUAGAAUUGUUUGGGCCAGAUGGUGCAUGGAAGCAGAUGUUCCAGGAGAGGAGUAGCCGGAUGCUACAGGCCUUAUCUCCAAAGCAGAGUCCUGUGAGCAGCCCGACCCGGAGCCGGUCCCCUUCCCGCUCUCCAUCUCCUACCUUCUCCUGGCUCCCAAACAAGACCUCUCCCCCUUCCUCACCCAAAGCAGCCUCAGCCUCCAUCAGCAGCAUGAGUGAGGGGGAUGAGGAUGAGAAGUAAAGGUGCCUGGUUAACAAGUGCACACCACACAGGAAGGGAAGGGGUCCCGGGAUGCCUGGGUGGUGUUGAGCUGCAGCUCUGCCAGGAGAUGGGAGUUCUGCCAUGGGAGUUACUAGGGCCAGCUCCUUUUCCUUCUCCAUUCAAUCUGGCCUGGGCUCAGCAUAGAGGUUUCUGACGUGACAACCCACACAAACCUUAGCAUCAUAGAAACACCCUGCUUUAGCCCUGCUAUGGAAAGGUCCAGAGCGGGGGUGGGGAUUUAGCUCAGUGGUAGAGCGCUUGCCUAGCAAGCACAAGGCCCUGGGUUCGGUCCCCAGCUCUGGAAAAAAAAAGAGGAAAGGUCCAGAGCACUCCAUGAAGUGGGGUGACUUCUGCUUUGGUCCACACUUCUAUCUGUAGCCAAUGAGCCACCUGCAGAAGUGGCUGCUGCCUCACCCUGCUAUCUCCAGCCCUCAAAGAGCCUUGCACGUUACCUCCUCUCACCCGCGCUCUCCCAGAAUGAAUUCCCUUCCAACUGAGGUGGCUAAGUGCUUCCAAAAUGGGCACGUCAAAGACCAGUUCCAGCCUUCUUGGUUCAGCCUUCUAAGGCCUGAUGGAAUGCAUCAACACUUUCCCAUUCCAGGACCCUGACUCAGACGCUGCUUCACUUUGGUCAGAUAGAAAAGUGUGACCUUUAACCUCUCAUUCAAAGGACAGUUGUGUCAAGGUGAACUCCACCUAAGGCCUGACAUGCUUCUGGCUGUACUUUCUUGUCACUGGCAUGAUGACACUGUUUUCCAGAAAUUACCUGAAUUGAUGGAAAUCGCAACAAGGAAACCUGUCUUAUCUAAAAAGAAAUAACCAAACCAACCAGGAGCUGCUUUGCUUUGGCUCCAUGUAUGGAAGAUGAAAAAUAUCUCUUGGAGCUUCUUAAAGGAAUGGCUCUUUUCCAUUUCUAACCACAUCACAGUUCAUAGACCUCAAGUAACAGUUUGAUGUAACAAACACUUAGUAUACCGAUAGGGGGUGCUACCUGCACGUAUCUGUUCUAUGUAUCCUCCAAUAUGCCACCCCAGGGUGUAAACCAUAUGCAAUAUGAAUAUAUGUGGUGGUGUUGGACUAUAUCCCCCUCUCCUGCUCUCCCCUUGAUACCCUGCUGAAAUGCUUGAUCUCAAGAACCAUCUGGUUCCCUCAUGACUUGGGCACUUUGUCAAAAGCUCAAUCAAAUGUUAGAUUCCUGUAGAAAUGUUUUGUCCCAGAAAAUUCCUGUUCUUCACCCAUGACAUUUUGGGUUAAAGAAAGGCUCAAUCCUUUGAAUGGUCUGAGAGACACUGAAGUUAUUUCUGGCCCUUGUUUCUCCAAAUGGGAUGGAGACUUUCAGAUGACUGGAGAACUAUGUAGGGCCACUGUUCCCUAAUCAUAUGCAGGGAAUGAGCAGGUCCAGUCAAGGGUUUAGAGCUAAUCUCUUAGGUACAAAUAGAAUUUCCUGAUUAUCGUAGUAAAGACAGACAGACAGACAGCACAGUGGCUUGACUGAAUGAAGGCCUUAACAUGUAACUGGUGGGCAAAGCCCAGCACCUCCAGUGACAGAAACAUCCUCUGUUUCCAGAGGUUUUGGGAACAAGCAUUAUGGAGGGUGGCAGGGGACAACUGAUGAAGAAAGGUACCCAUCUUUCCCCUUUGUGUUGGGGUCAAACUACCUCCCUUCUCGCCUGAAGAUCAUUGGUGACUAUUGCAAACCAAAACUGUGAGGCUAAGCCAACUUGGAGCCUCCCUGUUCCUGGCAGAAGUCUGCAAAGUGCUCAUGAAAGACGGGGUUGCUGGGAACCCAGCCUGAGAGAAAGAAAGUUUUUUUUUUUUCGUAGUCAAGAUCCUCCCGGAGCAUCACUCUCCAGAGGCAAGGGCUACCAUUCUUCUACUCUAUUGGUUUGAUCUCAGCCUCCCACCAUACACCCAAGACAAAUUGUGUAUGUAUGCCUUCCAUUUAAGCCAGUUGACACUUGUGGCAGUGCAGGGACAAGGAGAGCAACUGAGCAAAUGAAGAAGAGGAGGAGAGGGUCAUAGAGAGAAGAAAGCAAGCUAAAAACAUCUACUGUCUUAAGCCACUUCAGGUUGUGUGUGUGGAGACUCUCUGUUGAAGUCUUUUUAGAAAGUUCUGACUCCAUGGUCCAGGGCAAAUCAGAUAGGUCCACUUUUACCUAAGUCUUGCUCUGAGGCAGAAAGUGUAGAGCUAAUGUAUCAGGUGAAUAUAAUUUUGCAGGCCCUAUACACCUUCCUGACAGGUGCCACAUAUAUGACUCAUCAGAGAGUGCCACCUUCGCAGCUGUGAACGAUGGAAAAUGACCAACAUCAGAACCAUCCCAGGUACAAACAACACUUAAGUGGUUUUAAAUCUUCUCAGUUUCCAAGGGCACCUCCUUACCUUCCCAAAGUCAUGAGUUUUCCACAAGGAAAUGGGGCAGACUCUGCUUUGGCCUUUCUUGACGAAGUUCUUCCCAGCCCUGACCCGGGUUUUACCCCCACCCCCAUACCUGGGAGGAGCCAUGACUAUUCUUUGUGUGAGUUCUUCAGGCAAUUCUCACAGUCAAGGGCGAGUUAGGGAUCAAAUGACAGCAUAAAGUGUGCUACAAGCUUGAAGAAGUAAGAAGAAAAGGAACAAAAGCAAGGGAAAGGGUUCUUUUCCCUCCAGGAAGGGAAAGAAGAAAGAUAGAGAACCCAUUCCCUAAGGUUGGUAAUGGGAAGCUGGAAAAAAAAAUGACACUAGAGUUGGUGAGUACGGGAGGGCUGGUAUUAGCAAUUCUCAUACUCCCCCAUCCCGGGAAACCAAGUGCAGACUCUUCACAUAAAUAAAAGGGGUGUAGUUGUAAUGUGGUAGUAACACUGUAUGGCCCAUGUCUGCCAAGAAACUUCAUUGCCAGGAUAACCCAGAGGCAAAGGUAAACCAGCCCUGUGACGGACACAGUGUGGCUUCGAACAUGCGGUGGGUGCGGAAGACUUGCCAUUCUAUGACCUAGGCAACAAUGUUACACUGGUGGAUUGUGGCUACAGGAAGAACACGGCUUAUUUCCCUUCAGUCUUCAGGACUUAUUUUAAUGCCCAGUCCUACUGCACAGAUGAGACUGGUUUUCAAGCAGCAGCUCCAGUCCUGUCCUAACCACCUGAUGGAUGGAUGGAAGGAAGGAAGGAAGGAAGGAAGGAAGGAAGGAAGGAAGGAAGGAAAUAAAUGAUAAGCAAGCCCAUUAGGCACUUUUAAAAACUUCUCCUUUUCUCUAGUUUUCUGUUGUGUCACUGCAGUGUGUCUGGGGACAAAGCCAUAAGAACAGCCUAUCUACUUAAAAUUCUGCUGUACAUAUAAGACGAGGGCUCGUCUGGAUUCAAGAAUGACCUUAUGCCCAAGCAUUUGCUCUGGUGCUGAAUAGUGCAAACUACUGGAAUCACCCCACCCCCACCAUGGAAACUCCGAAACCCUCUUCCCCUGAUCCCAAAUGGACCACAGUAUUCCAAACUUGUUUAUAAAUAAAGGGACACAGAGUCACA